AUUUUUUAUUUUUAUUUAAUUUAUAUACGUUUUAUUAUGAUUAGUUUGGUUCCGUUAAAUUGUAAUUUGACGCGUUCUCGUGAUAGAUAAUGAAGAUACUUGUUUUUAAUUUUAUUAUCUAUAGUUCUAGUGAUGGUGAAUACAGAAUAUUGAACACUGGUGACGUUAGCGGAUACUGAAUUGUAUAAUUUCGCCACGAGACGUUUUGCAGCCGUUGGACACCCAACAUCAUAACAACAUUACAUUAUUAUUUAGUAAAUAGCGAUUAGCGAAACUAAUAGUAACUUUAAUGACGGAGUGACUGUGUGACAAGGCGCGCACAUAAGAUUGUACAGUCACAACAACAUUGAUAAGCCGAUCAUAAUAAUAAUAAUAAUAAUAAUAACACCGUGAACCACCAACAUUUUAAUAUGUGAUGCAGUCAGAAUAAUAAUAUAACAUUUAACAGCAAUAAUAAUAAUAACAAUAAAAACAUUGUACCUGGGCAACAACAAUACGAAUUCGCGCGAUCGGUUGCGUCUGAGAAUGAUGUUAGUGUCCGUUCAACAGGACCAUUGCAGUGACGCUGUAAAAAUCAGGUAGCAGCCGUAACGAAUGCCUCCGGCGUCGGCGUCCAUGGAACACCUAGGCCCAGGUUUCGGAAGUCCCAACUUGCGCAAUCCCUACUCGCCGUCUCGGACCACAAAGUUCCACAGCUCGAACGCCGCAUACGCUAAUACUACUACCUCGUCAGCAUACUAUAAAAACAAGUAUGCCACUCAGCACCAGGCGGCUGCCGCCAACCUGCCAUUGUGGACGGCCAUAUACAACUAUGAUGCGCAGGGCGAAGAUGAGCUUAGCCUCAAGCGAGGCGACAUUGUUGAGGUGCUGUCAACAGACGCCAAGAUAUCUGGCGAUGAAGGUUGGUGGACGGGAAAGCUUGGUGAUAAGGUGGGCAUAUUCCCCGCCAACUUUGUUACCGAGAACAAUAUUUUGGAGAACGUGACGACAGUUGUGGGCAAUGCUCAUAUUACCGAAAUCGAUUUUGACGAGCUUGAGCUCGAAGAGGUCAUCGGAGUCGGUGGUUUUGGCAAGGUUUAUCGUGGAUAUUGGAACAACAGGGAGGUGGCCGUCAAGGCUGCACGCCAGGAUCCUGAUGAAGACAUUAGCGAGACAGUGAAGAAUGUCAAACAAGAGGCCAACCUCUUUUGGCUACUAGACAAUGAGAACAUUGUGUCCAUGUUGGGUGUUUGUUUACAAAUUCCAAAUCUGUGCCUCAUUAUGGAAUAUGCCCGGGGGGGUUCGCUUAAUCGUGUACUGAUGGGAAGAAAAAUACGACCAGAUGUACUUGUUGAUUGGGCCAUUCAAAUUGCCAGGGGCAUGAACUAUUUGCAUAAUGGUGCACCAAUAUCAUUGAUUCACAGAGACUUAAAAUCAUCAAAUGUGCUUUUGAGUGAGACAAUUGAAAACAAUGAUCUACAAUUUAAGACAUUAAAAAUCACAGACUUUGGUCUUGCUAGAGAAGUCUACAAGACAACCAGAAUGUCUGCUGCUGGAACCUAUGCUUGGAUGGCUCCAGAAGUUAUAAAAAAAUCAAUAUUCUCAAAAGCGAGCGACGUUUGGAGUUAUGGUGUUUUACUCUGGGAAUUACUUACUGGAGAAAUGCCGUACAAAGGAAUUGAUGUGCUGGCUGUUGCUUAUGGAGUGGCAGUAAACAAACUUACAUUACCAAUACCCUCAACUUGUCCACAACCAUUCAGAGAACUCAUGGAGGCUUGUUGGCAUUCUGACUCUCAUAUGAGGCCUAGUUUUGAAGACAUAUUAGCAUCGUUGGACGAUAUUGUACACUCUGCUUUUACUCAAACACCUCACGAAUCUUUUCAUACUUUGCAGGAUGUUUGGAAAGUAGAAAUUGAGCAAGUGCUUGACGGAUUGCGAAUGAAAGAAAAAGCUUUUAAAUCUAAAGAAGAAGAAUUAAGGUGUCGUGAAGAAGAAUUAAGUCGAGCUCAGGUACAACAACAAAUUGCUGAAAAACAUUUAAAACAGAGAGAACGUGAUCUAGAAGCACGUGAAAUGGAAUUGCUCAAAUGGGAAUUAAAUAUCAUAAUGCAACAGCAACAAGCAUCGCCAGCAAUACCAACUCCCAAUAAACGCCGUGGACAUUUCAAAAAGUCCAAUAUUUUAAAGAUGUUGAAAAAAGAACCAAACCAGCUGCCUAUUAGUUCUCCAUCUGAUUUUCGACAUACAAUAACUGUGCAGCAUACCAGCGACAGGAAAAAUCGUGAUGCGUCUGGUCCAAACAGUCCACCUGGUUCCCCAAAUAUUCCUAGACUGAGAGCUAUUGCACUGCCAGCAGAUGGAGUCAAGGGCAAAACAUGGGGCCCUAGUACGUUUCACCAACGUGAGCGGGUACAAAUUAUAUGUGGAAGUCCAUCUUACCCAUCGUCACCAGCCACAACGUCAUUUAAAGGAUGGUCUCGAUCAGCACCUAAUCUGGAAAAACAUCAGUUGUCGGUUCGCUCAAACUUUGCGGCUUUACAAGAAAUAGACUACAGCGGUCCACCAAUGUCAGCGGCACACUGUUGGCCGGAUGACUAUGAAGAUGACGAUGAUCUACUUCGAAUUCAGCGAUCGCGAUCAUCUGAUCGUCACUGGACGAACACACCGUGCGACGGCGGCGGAACCACAGUUGUAUCGUCGAAAUCGUCGUCAUCGACUGCUCCUUCAGCGGUGGCAACUACCAAUCAUAAGACCACGCCGCUGUUGGAGAGUGUCCUGCGCGCAGCUGCAUCUAUGUUGGCAGGUCUUGCGUUGGGCGGCGCGGACAUCAGGACGUGUACUUCUUCCAGUCGUAAUGUAGCGCCGACUUCUACCGAUACCGCCAAUACCACAACUUCCACAUCGGACUUAAAUUUCUGCCUACACAACUCUUCUGGCCACCAGCAUAAACACAAUACGUAUCAUGGCCCUUCGUCUAAGCAUUUUCGGUUGCCGUUGCCGCAAAGUUCAGACGUUAAACCUUUGCGAUUCACCGACAGUCCACAACACCGGUUGAGCCGUUCUCGGCGGAAAUCCAGAACGCCGCCCCGUAGGAAGUCAAGCAGCGUGACCCGGUGCACAGAUGACAAGAACCACCAUUCUUUUUACGGUACGACGUCAAGCGACUACUACCAGCAAACGGACUUGUCUCAUACUAGAUACCGUCAGUGGUCCAGCGACAGGAGUGGAUACCGCCAGCUGUCUAAUGACCGGUGUGGAGUUACCGGUGUGGGGUACGAGUACGAAAAUGGUGGUUUGUAUGCGUACGACAAUCCGACCGCUAACCACAAUGACGCGAUUGGAGGUGUCGACGAUCCGCCGUCUUUCAGUCGAAGUCGAUACCGAUGCGGGGGCGGAAAUCCGACGUUCACCAUGGAGUCCGCCGAAACUUCAUCGGCGGUUUCGCAUCACUCACAGCGGGCGCCGUCGAUUUCGCCAUCGCUCCCAUAUCUACACCAGAGGCGGGUUGGCGAUUAUUUAAAUUACUUCUCAAGAGACGAUCGCCUACCACAGCCGCAUUUAGUCGAAGCUCCAAACCGACCAACCUCGUUGGAACCCGGUACGCCGUCGAGGCUGCGGUCCAGCCUAAAGAAAACUGUGUAUGGUAGUCGGCAAACGGCUGUUGGUUCGUCGAGUCCCGGAGUGUCGCCGACCAAUCCAACGCCACCGGAAAGCUUGACUAGCGACGAUAGCAGUUACAUGUCGGCGAGGGACAGUUCGGCAGCGUCUAUGUCUACAGCUCGAGUUCGGUUUUCGCCAGUUACUUUACUGGACCUGCCCACCCACGGUCAGCACCAGGAUUCAACGGUUCCCCUGCAAGCUGCCGCGUCAACUUCGUCGUCAUCGUCGGCUCCCAAUUCCAGACGAUCGUCCUCAGUUUCGGAGUUUAUCGCGUGACUCAUCAAUAACUGUCAUAAUCGUACUUAUUUAAUUUUUUAGCGAUUUUUACGUUAAAAAUGACCGUUUAUUUAUGGUGUCAGCUGCAGCAUUUUAUCCACUCUCGCGUAAAUAUUUUUCUUUUUAUAUACGUAUUUAAAUUUAUAUAAUUU